UAUAUAUCAGUAGAUGGCGCAAGGCGGAGUCUCCAGCGUAGUUCACCGGCGGCCAUCUUGUGACGGUCAACUAUUCUGGUACGUUCUAUGGUAGCUGUUGUAAGGUGAGUGAUCUGCACAAACAAAAAUACUCUUAACUCGCUGAAAUCUUGACGGAUUUACAAACGGUUUUGUUUAUUACACACGUUAUUAACGUGGCUAUGAUUCAGGAUGCUUGGACAUGUUGAAAUUGCAGCUUUUCUGUUCGAAAAACGACUUAAAAAAUAAGGUUGUAUGUUUGUCCCUGGCCAGCUGUACCUAUUAACGUUAGCUAAGUUAGCUGAACAAUUUUGUUAGCUCGUUUCAUGGGAAAAGGAUCAGUGGGAGAGGCAGAAUUGCUCUUUCUUUUCAACAUAACUUAAGUUGCACAUGAUUUCCAAGCGGUUUGGUUUGUUAAAAACAUCUUACAUUAUGAUACAGGAAAUUGCUGGCUUUGUGUUUACAGAACUACGCCUACCAGUGAAGAUGCCUGACUUUUGUGCAGCCUACGGAUGCUCUAAUCGCCGUAGUCUCAAAACGAGAACCCGUGGGAUCACCUUUCACCGGUUUCCCAAAACCGGAGAGAGGAAGAGGCAGUGGGAACUUGCCCUAAGAAGGGAUGGUUUUGUUGCCUCUGGCAGGACAGUGCUCUGCAGUGAGCACUUUAGGAGUGAGGAUUUUGACAGGACGGGGCAGACUGUCCGGCUUAAAGAUGGUGUUGUGCCAACAAUUUUCAACUUUCCAGCUCAUCUUCAAAGGCCGAUAGCAACAAGAAGCACAACCACUGCUAGAAGAGCGGAAGACAACCUGCCAAUGGACUUGUCUCAGGAUGAACCUCAGCCUGAUGUUCAACAGGGAGCCACUGGAGACACACAGUAUGGCAUUGACAGUCACCACCAUACGCUGGUAACAUUAGUUGUGUCCCUGUUUUUCAAGCUAAGGCUGCACCACAUUGCAAAAAUCAAUACUCUGAGCUUACAGAGUGGCAACAUGAGACAGAAGCUCACCAAAGCAGUCCUUUUCAAAGGGCAUUAG